AUGACAAGUUGUCGCUGGAGGGUUCGAACCCUGCAACCCAUCUUCAGCGAACAACCCAGCCUACUGNNNNCUCAUCUGCAUCUUUCCUCCGGGCAGGAAAAUAAAAUCAACGAGCCCAGAGUCACUGCUCGUAUCGCCUCCAGCAUGCAGACCUCGUGA